UUCAGGCGCCAGGAGAAGAAGGCAAAGAAGCUCUGGGUGGGUGUUUUGUGACACAGGCAAGACCCCAGGUCUGCUUAGAGCGAGGCGAGUGAAGGAGGCAGCCAGGUAGAGGCCCACAUCUCCCGACAAUAUGGAUUAUAAGUCAAGCCUGAUCCAGGAUGGGAACCCCAUGGAGAACCUAGAGAAGCAGCUGAUCUGUCCCAUCUGCCUGGAGAUGUUUACCAAGCCAGUGGUCAUCUUGCCCUGUCAGCACAACCUCUGUCGGAAGUGUGCCAAUGACAUCUUUCAGGCUGCAAAUCCCUACUGGACCAACCGAAGUGGCUCAGUGUCCGUGUCUGGAGGCCGUUUCCGCUGUCCCUCGUGCCGCCAUGAGGUGAUCAUGGAUCGUCACGGAGUGUACGGCCUGCAGAGGAACCUGCUGGUGGAGAACAUCAUCGACAUCUACAAGCAGGAGUGCUCCAGUCGGCCCCUGCAGAAGGGCAGCCACCCCAUGUGCAAGGAGCAUGAAGAUGAGAAAAUCAACAUCUACUGCCUUACGUGUGAGGUGCCCACAUGCUCCAUGUGCAAGGUGUUUGGGGCCCACCAAGCCUGCGAGGUGGCCCCGCUGCAGAGCGUCUUCCAGGGACAAAAGACUGAGCUGAGUAACUGUAUCUCCAUGCUGGUGGCGGGGAACGACCGUGUGCAGACCAUCAUCACUCAGCUGGAGGACUCCUGUCGAGUGACAAAGGAGAACAGUCACCAGGUGAAGGAAGAGCUGAGCCGGAAGUUCGAUGCACUGUAUGCCAUUCUGGAUGAGAAGAAGAGCGAGUUGCUGCAGCGGAUCACGCAGGAGCAGGAGGAGAAGCUCAGCUUCAUUGAGGCCCUCAUCCAGCAGUACCGGGAGCAACUGGACAAGUCCACUAAGCUGGUGGAGACAGCCAUCCAGUCCUUGGAUGAGCCUGGUGGGGCCAUCUUCCUCUUGAGUGCCAAGAAACUCAUCAAAAGCAUUGUGGAAGCUUCCAAGGGUUGCCAGCUGGGGAAGACAGAGCAGGGCUUUGAAAACAUGGACUACUUUACUUUGGACUUAGAGCACAUAGCAGAUACCCUCAGGGCCAUUGACUUUGGGACAGAGUACCUGUAAUAAUAUAACCAUAACAAUAAUAAGGGAAAAUGAGGAAGCCAGAUGAAGAGCAAAGAUGUUAAUAAUUUGCUGGAGGUCACACAGCUGAAAGGUAACUAUUUAGCGACAGAGAAGGAGAGGGAGGAUCCGGUUUUGCUGAAUGUUGGUCUGAGAGAUGUUGCUCCAACGACCAGCUGAGGGGGUGAGGGCACCCCGGAACAGGGAAGAAUUGUAAGCAGACCAGCAUGAGAAAGAGAAAAGCUUCUUGGCGCCUCUUGUUUUGGCUCUCCUGCAAGCUUGCAGAAUCUGGUGUUGAAUCUGUUCUCAGAACCCCAGAUAUACCCCAUUCAUAGCUAAAGACAAAAUGCAUCCCAAAGCCAACAGACGGGGGGGUUUGCAUUGCUGUAGAUUAUCUGUUCCACUGUCACCCUCCCUAAGCUAAAAUAUUCACGAGCGGACCACACUGUGUGAACGAUAGGACAUUGUGAAGACCUACGCUGCCUUCUGUCAUCUCCCUGAGCCUCAGUUUCCUCAUAGCUAAAUAGGGAGUGUACCAACAGCUACCAUUUCUUGAGCACUUUCUAUGUCCCAGCCACUGAGCCCUUGACAUAAAUUCUAUCAUUUACUGCAACAAAUUGAUGAGGUAGUUUCUGUUGUCUUCUCCAUUUUGUAGUUGAGGAAAUAAAGCCAAAGGAAGGUGUUCGAUUUGCUAGAGGCCACGCAGCUUAUAAUUAGCCCACACGGAUUCCAUCAAGGGCCCCCUGGCUCACAAGAGCCUUGUGAGGAUUAUAUGAGACCAGUGUGUACAGCUUAGCUCAAUACUUGGCAUAGUAGGUCUUCAGCAAAUGCCACUGAGAGUGGUUAAUUGUGAUAACGAUUAAACAACAACAUUCUGGGUUACGCACAGAUCCCAGCUACGUGGCUGGAAUUUUGGCUGUCAUUUUGGAGGCAAUAAUUCUUUUAAGCCUCUCCCCAGACACUCUUGACAAAUGCUCUGACUCUGUGGUGACCCCGUCAGGGAUGUUCCCCGAUAGUAGAGCUUACAGAUGAUAUCCCAGGACGGGAAAGUGAGGACACAGGUUGCAGCUCAGUCACUCUGUCUGGGGCUCAGUUUCAGAGAGCUAAUCAGCAGGUGGCCCCAGAAGCGCUCCACCCCCACCCCAUAUCCACCCCUCUGUAGGCUGAGGAAUGAGGAAAACUGGACAGGGAGUGCUAGGCAAGCAGAUUUCAAAGGCUGAGCAACUUGCUUCAGGACAAGGACUCUGAUCCCUGAGAAUCAGGACUUUUUGUCCCAUUCUCCCCAGGUGAUGUUUAUCUGUCUGAGAAAUGUAGAGAAGCACAAAGCGUGCUUCCCCAAAGUCCUUUCUCGUCACGGGUAGAUCAGGGGAUAGAAGCUGCUGCUGCUACUGGAACAAAGGAGCAUCUUGACCCUCUCUCCCUUGGAGGGGUGUGGGAAGGAAGGAGGAGGAAGCCAGCCUCUGUGCAGCUUGGGUUUGGCAAGCCCAUCAUCUCCCAGGCCACUGAUGUCACUGUAUGGCCCUUUGACCCCAACGGGGCAUGGGAAGGAGUUUGGAUAAGUGCUGUCUCUUGCCUGGUUCUGCUUGGAGCAGCUCCUCUGAGAAACCGGCCCCAUUCUAAAACACAAUUGUUCUUUGUCACAUACAGAUGAGGAAGAGGAAGAGUUCUUUGAAGAAGAAGAUCAGGAAGAG